AUGCGUCGUUGCGUAUCCAGUCACUUCCGGGUGGCGGCCUGUUUCCGCCUCCCGUCGCGCCGGGAGCGGCGGCGCUGGGAUCCCCGGGACCCCUCCCGGGACCCCCUGAGACCCCUCGGGACCCCCCCGGGACUCCUCUGAGAUCCCCCGGGACCCCCCGCUUCCCGAGCAGCUCCUCCCGCCGCGGCGGGGGAGGCCCCGUCAGGGCCUGUCACCGGGGCGGGGGCUCGGCGGGGCAGCCCCCGGGGCAUGCGGCGUCCGUCCGUCCGUCCGCUUGCCCCGCACUAUGUGGUACAUCAUGCAGAGCAUCCAGAGCAAGUAUUCUCUGUCGGAGCGGCUCAUCCGCACGAUCGCCGCCAUCCGCUCCUUCCCGCGGGACAACGUGGAGGAUCUCAUCGGCAGGGUGAGCCCCGGGGCGCUGCGGGGCGAAGGGCCGGGAGCUGCUCGAGCAAGGGCGCGGAUGUGAACUGCAUGCACGGCACCCUGAAACCGCUGCACUGCGCCUGUAUGGUGGCUGACGCCGACUGCGUCGAGCUGCUGCUGCAGAAGGGAGCGGAGGUCAACGCCCUGGACGGCUACAACCGAACAGCCCUUCACUACGCGGCGGAAAAGGACGAAACCUGCGUGGAAAUCCUCCUGGAGUACGGGGCCAACCCCAACGCGCUGGACGGCAACAAGGACACCCCGCUCCACUGGGCCGCCUUCAAGAACAACGCCGAGUGCGUGCGGUCGCUGCUGGAGAACGGCGCCCUGGUGAACGCCCGCGAUUACAACAACGACACGCCGCUCAGCUGGGCGGCCAUGAAGGGUAACCUGGAGAGCGUCAGCAUCCUCCUCGACUUCGGGGCGGAGGUCCGGGUGGUUAAUUUGAAAGGCCAAACCCCCAUCUCGCGGUUGGUGGCGUUGCUGGUCCGGGGAUUGGGUACGGAGCGCGAGGAUUCCUGCUUUGAUCUUCUCCAUCGAGCUAUCGGACAUUUUGAGCUGAGAAAAAACGGCAGCAUGCCCUGGGAGGUGACAAGGGAUCAGCAGCUCUGCGAAAAGCUCACCCUGCUCUGCUCGGCCCCCGGCACCCUACAGACGCUGUCGCGUUACGCCGUGCGCCGCAGCCUGGGCGUGCGGUUCCUGCCGGAGGCGGUGAAGCAGCUGCCCUUGCCCACCUGCCUGAAGGAGUACGUGUUGCUCCUUAGCUAAGCGAGAGACGAGGCGCCGGGGCUCUUCCCUGCCGGCGUUCGGCUCCCUUCGUCACCGCCUCCUCACGGCAGCACCCGGAACGAGGUUGACCGCUCGCUUGGUUUGGGACUCGCGGGUGCCAGGUUCCCCUUCCCGGUCGCCGUCCCGGUUUUCAUCCUGCUCCGCUCUUCCCGCCUGAGCCGGCGCAGAGCAGCGGGGAUCCACCGGUGCCGCUCACCCACGGCUCCACGUUGCCUCUCUGCCCACAGCGCCUGCUCGGCGCCUCCUCCCCACGCGCUCUCCCCGCCCCGAUUUUGGCCUUGUGAGAUGAACGAUCCCCCUUUAACGGCAAAUUAUAUCCCAGCUGUUGGAUUAA